AUGUUCCACAACUUGGCCAACUAUUUGCUGGGCUCAGUCCUGGGACAAGACCAACGAGGAUCGGCGACCGAAGAACCGGCGAACCACGGCAACCUGCGAUUGCGAUCCUCCGGCGACAGGGAGGACGAUUGGGUGCUGGUGGACAGAGACAGCGAGGGCAACUCCGAGCUGUCCGAGUCGGACGCCGAAGACGACGCCCCCGCCUCGCCGGCGUCGUCGAAGCGCCGCCAGCGCUCCCCCAUGGAGGAGUCGUGGUUCGUCACCCCGCCGCCUUGCUUCACCUCCACGGGGCCGGUGCGCGUGGAGACCUCCCCCAUGGAGGACCUGCUCAUCGAGCACCCCAGCAUGAGCGUCUACCGCAUCCACCCGGCCAGGCGGCACUUCCCGCAGGCGACGGCGCCGGCGGCCCCCUCGCCCGACGACGUCGAGGACCUGCAGGUGGAAGUGGAGCUGGAGGAGGGCGCCGAGGCGGGCGAGGGUCUGGUCGUGGUGAACAGGGUGCCGCGGCUGAACCGGCUGCAGGUGAUGCAGCAGCAGGAGAGGCAGCGGCGCAAGGGCAAGACCGCCCAAAAGGCGCAAGUCCAGAAAGCCUGCCAGGCCAUCAAGAGGGCCAACCUGGAGAGGACCAAUAAGGCUCGUGAAGUGAACAGUCGCAAUCGAAGGCAGAGAAGGGGCGAAAGAUCGCAGGGGGCCACGCGUUCCUACGCCAAUAACAAUCGCAAGUGCUAG